AUGCCUUCCACCGUCGUUUCCACCCCCGUCCCCGCCGGCGUUGACAGAGCCGCCGUCCUCUCUGCCAUCCACAACCACGAGCUCAUGGUCAAGACCCUCUGCCCGGCCCUCAUCUCCUACAAGCUCGAGUCCGGCUCUGUCGGCCUCGGCCAGUCCGCCACCUACUCCAUCACGGACAAGAAGCCCAUCGGCCAGACCACCUACCAGCUGACCAUCACCAACCUUGAGGAGGGCGUCGACACCCUUGUCAACGCCAAGCCCCCCGUCGGCACCCUCGUCAUCGCCGGCAAGUGGCGCAUCGUCCAGGAGGCCAGCGGCCUCGUCCUCCGCGAGGAGGUCGACAUCGACGCCAACGUGCUCAUGAAGAAGAUGGCCAAGGGCAACGUCGAGAAGACCCACCCCGAGCAGCACGCCGCUCUCCUCGUCCAGGCCGGCAAGGCAUAA